UGUCCCUUUCUUCCCUUCCUCUGUGUCUGCUCUUCUCAGAAGUUAGCUUACAAAGCAAAGUUGUAACUUUGAAUUCCUGUUUUUCCAACUACCCUCAUGUGACAGGAUAUCUCCUUAUUGGAGGUUUUCCCUAAUUUCAGAAGCCCUUUAAAAGUGAGAGCUUCCUCCACACCUCUUUUCAGCAGGGCAGCUCUGAGAACAGAGUAGCGGAAGGGGUGAUUGGGUGCCUGCAUUGUUUUGGUUCCUUCUUACCCCCUCCUCUCCAUCAGUGCAAGCUAAGGAUAAACUCUGGGACAUGAGGCUGUCCCUGCUCCUGGUUUUCCUCUCUCUCAUUCCGGUCGCCGUACAGCUGUUGGACACUAAGCAAUUUUUGAUAUAUAAUGAAGAUCACAAGCGCUGCGUGGAAGCAUUAAGUCCCAGUGCAGUCCAAACAGCAGUUUGCAACCAGGACAAUGAGGCGCAGAAAUUCCGAUGGGUAUCUGAAUCCCGGAUUAUGAGUGUUGCUUUUAAAUUAUGUUUGGGGGUGCCAUCAAAAACAGAUUGGGUUGCUGUCACUCUAUAUGCCUGUGACCCAAAGAGCGAAUUUCAGAAAUGGGAGUGCAAAAAUGACACACUUUUGGGGAUCAAGGGAGAAGAUUUAUUUUUUAACUAUGGCAAUAAACAAGAAAAGAAUAUUAUGCUCUACAAGGGUUCUGGUUUAUGGAGCAGAUGGAAAGUCUAUGGAACCACAGAUGAUUUAUGCUCUAGAGGUUAUGAAGACAUGUACACGCUGCUGGGCAAUGCCAACGGGGCAACGUGCGCCUUUCCAUUCAAGUUUGAAAACAAGUGGUAUGCAGAUUGUACAAGUGCUGGGCGAUCAGAUGGAUGGCUCUGGUGUGGGACCACAGCAGACUAUGACGCGGACAAGCUAUUUGGAUAUUGUCCCUUGAAAUUCGAGGGCAGUGAAAGCUUAUGGAAUAAAGACCCGCUGACUGGCAUUUCCUACCAGAUAAACUCCAAAUCUGCUUUAACUUGGCACCAGGCGAGGAGAAGCUGCCAGCAACAGAGUGCUGAACUCUUGAGUAUCACGGAGAUUCACGAGCAAACGUACCUGACAGGAUUAACCAGUUCCUUGACCUCAGGACUCUGGAUUGGUCUUAACAGCCUGAGUUUCAACAGUGGAUGGCAAUGGAGUGGUGGCAGUCCAUUCAGAUAUUUGAACUGGUUACCAGGAAGUCCAUCAACAGAACCUGGAAAAAGCUGUGUGUCACUAAAUCCUGGGAAAAAUGCUAAAUGGGAAAAUCUGGAAUGUGUUCAGAAACUAGGCUAUAUUUGUAAGAAGGGCAACACAACUUUGAAUUCUUUUGUGAUUCCCUCCGAAAGCGAUGUGCCUACUAACUGUCCAAGUCAGUGGUGGCCAUAUGCAGGUCACUGCUACAAGAUUCACAGAGAGGAGAAGAAAAUCCAAAGACAUGCCUUGACUGCGUGUCGGAAGGAAGGUGGUGAUCUAGCCAGUAUCCACAGCAUUGAGGAAUUUGAUUUUAUCAUCUCCCAACUGGGAUAUGAGCCAAAUGAUGAGUUAUGGAUUGGCUUAAAUGACAUCAAGAUUCAAAUGUAUUUUGAGUGGAGUGAUGGGACCCCUGUUACAUUUACUAAAUGGCUUCGUGGGGAACCAAGCCAUGAAAACAACAGGCAGGAAGACUGCGUUGUAAUGAAAGGCAAGGAUGGGUACUGGGCAGAUCGGGCCUGUGAGCGACCUCUUGACUACAUCUGUAAGAUGAAAUCUCAAACCCAACCCUCGGGAACAGUGGAGGUAGAACAAGGCUGCCAAAAAGGCUGGAAAAGACAUGGCUUCUACUGCUAUUUGAUUGGACACACACUUUCAACAUUUAUGGAAGCAAAUCAAACCUGUAUAAAUGAGAAGGCUUACUUAACAACUGUUGAAGACAGAUAUGAACAAGCCUUUCUGACUAGUUUGGUUGGAUUGAGGCCUGAAAGAUAUUUUUGGAUAGGACUUUCAGAUGUGCAAAACAAAGGGACCUUUCAGUGGACCAUUGAGGAAAAAGUUCAGUUCACCCACUGGAAUUCAGAUAUGCCAGGGCGGAAAACAGGAUGCGUUGCCAUGAGAACUGGAGUUGCAGGGGGCUUGUGGGAUGUUUUGAGAUGUGAAGAAAAAGCAAAAUUUGUGUGCAAACACUGGGCAGAAGGAGUCACUCGCCCGCCGGAGCCCACGACAACUCCCGAACCCAAAUGUCCAGAGGAUUGGGGCACCAGCAGUAAAACAAGCUUGUGUUUCAAGCUGUUUGCAAAAGGAAAACAUGAGAAGAAAACCUGGUUUGAAUCUCGAGAUUUUUGUAAAGCUCUGGGCGGUGACCUAGCUAGUAUCAAUAAUAAAGAAGAACAGCAAGCAAUAUGGCGAUUAAUAGCGGCUAGCGGAAGCUAUCAUGAACUGUUUUGGUUGGGAUUGACAUAUGGAAGUCCUUCAGAGGGCUUUACUUGGAGUGAUGGUUCUCCUGUUUCAUAUGAAAAUUGGGCUUAUGGAGAACCCAACAAUUAUCAAAAUGUCGAAUACUGUGGUGAAUUGAAAGGUGACUCUGGUAUGUCCUGGAAUGAUAUUAACUGUGAACAUCUCAACAACUGGAUUUGCCAAAUACAAAAAGGACAAACACCAAAACCUGAGCCAACACCAGCUCCUCAAGACAAUCCACCAGUCACUGAAGAUGGGUGGGUGAUUUACAAAGACUACCAGUAUUAUUUUAGCAAAGAGAAGGAAACCAUGGACAAUGCCCGAGAAUUUUGCAAGAGGAACUUUGGUGAUCUUGUUUCUAUUCAAAGUGAAAGUAAAAAGAAGUUUCUAUGGAAAUAUGUAAACAGGAAUGAUGCACAGCCAGCAUAUUUUAUUGGCUUACUGAUCAGCUUGGAUAAAAAGUUUAUUUGGAUGGAUGGGAGCAAAGUGGAUUACGUGGCUUGGGCCACAGGUGAACCUAAUUUUGCAAAUGACGAUGAAAACUGCGUGACCAUGUAUUCAAAUUCAGGGUUUUGGAAUGACAUUAAUUGUGGUUAUCCAAAUGCCUUCAUCUGCCAGAGACAUAACAACAGCAUCAACACCACCAUUACUCCAACGGCACCUUCAGUCCCAGGAGGCUGUAAGGAAGGCUGGAAUUUUUACAAUAACAAGUGUUUCAAAAUCUUUGGAUUUGUUGAAGACGAAAGAAAAAGUUGGCAAGAGGCACGAAAAGCUUGCAUAGGAUUUGGGGGAAAUCUGGUAUCAAUCCGCAACGAAAAGGAGCAAGGUAUGCAGACAUUGUAUGAUCAGUGA